AUGAACUUCAUAGCUUCACCUCACAAGGAGUCGGCUAUGUCCGACUCUCCCGACACUGUGCAUCGGCGCAACCACAACGAGUAUAGCUAUCGACUGCCAACGCCGCCGCGAAUCGUCGUGCCCCCACCUACCCUCACCACCGAGAUGCCUGGGCUCGCACUCGGCAAUGCAUCUGCAGAGGAGGUGGACAUGAGCUUCUUGAAGGAUAUGAACCUCGAGAACAUUGUGCAGACCAACACGCUGCUUGAUUGGGCAUAUGAACGUCGCAGGCAGGCGCAGAUGAUCUUACCCUGGCUAUAUCUGGGUCCCAUGGUGUCUGUGAAAGACAAGGCGUUCCUGGCGCGGGAGGGCAUCACAAUGGCCCUGGCUAUUCGCGCCCAAGAAAACACUUUGAAGGGCGCCUUGCUGGCAGCGAACGAGGUGUGUGCCGAGGUGAGGACCAUCGAAUCAUCCACCUUCCACGCCCUCGUCGGGCGGUUCGCAGAAACUACCAGGAUGAUCAACUCACAUGUCGCACGGGCCCGACAGUAUUCCAUAGAGAAGACUGGCCAGCCAACACUAGGAAAGGUGUUGGUGUUCUGCGAAUCCGGCAACGAGAAGUCUGCAGCUGUCGUCGCGGCAUAUCUCAUGGACACGCUGAGCAACUUCAACCACGUCAAGGCCAUGCAGGUCUGCCAAGCUCAGCGCUUCUGCGUCAACUUCGAUGACACCCUCAAGAACAUCCUGCGCUCACACUGGGACAUCAUUCAGGCGAAGCGUUCGGUUGCUACUUCGAACGCACAAUCACUACAAACUAGCAGUACGCUGAACGGUAAUGCCUCACACCUCCAACCUUCCCAGUCUCUCAGUCGCAAGCGAUCUAUCGAGACCACCUGCGACGACGAGGAUAUGGACAUGGGCGACGGCAUGGACUCUUCAGACGCUCUCCGCUUUAGCGGGCGUGAUGUGACUCCUUUCCAGGAUAUGUCGUAG